AUGCCCCCACGCGGGCGCGCCACCACCACGAGCGUGAACCUCCUGCCGAGCGACUUUGUGGGCCAGCGGGUGGAGCUGCAAGGGCUGACUGCCCGCGCCGAUCUCAACGGACAGGUCGGUGUCGCCAAGUCCUACGACUCGGCGCGCGGCCGGCUCGCCGUCGCGCUGGAUUCCGGAGAGGGCGCCGCCAUGUCGGACGGCUUUUGGGGCUCCGGACCGCCGCUGCUGGUGCGGCCGGCGCACCUGCGGCUCGUGGAGCUCGAGACUGGCGCCGUCACAGCGGCCGCCAGCGACGAGAUGCUGCGCGCCAAGCGGUACCGGCAGCUGCACUGCGUGCGGAUGGCGGCCGCGGAGCACGCCAGCGUGCUGAGCGAGUGCGCGAGCCGGGCGGAG